AUGUCUGAUAGAGACAGAGAGAGCAUCAUUUUGCUUCGCCUUUCAAUUCCCAUCAUCCAGCAUGCAGCAGCUAUGACAUUAAGAACAUAUCCAGCGGAGCUUACCCUGACUGUUUUGGUCUGCCUUGUGGCAGCCUUAGAGGGCACCAUAUUUGCUGUUUUUAAGGAAUGA